AACUGACCAAUGCGUGUGAAUUGUAAUUAGUGUGUGUGUGUGUGAAGGCGACAAAGGAAUCCUGUAGCCGGGCGAAGCUUCAGCCAAUGACGUCGUCGACACCCCCUGCUUUCCCUCCAAAGACUUGGGAGGGGGAAGUGGUGCGUCGCAGUGGGCUCUUCUCCAUCAUUCCAAAGUCAUGAUGUCUUUGACUGAGGACUGUGGAGAAAACUCAGCUCGACAGCCGCGUCUUCUGUCUGGUGAGUAGUUAAGUUAAUACUGGUCUGAACAUUGUGCGUACAUGUUCCGUUCGAUGUGAUUGGGUCCUUGUUCUUCAUCCAGCUUCAUUCCGUUCCGUAUCCAAACAGUCUUCUGCAUGCCACCCCGGGUGAGCCGCCAGCGACGACAACACUAGCUGCCCAUGAGCCAAGCACUGCUAUCCACGUUCUGAACCCCCGGAUCCCCAAAAUUGUGUACAAGGGAUCAGGCAAGAAAAGAGGAGAAGAAGAGAAAAAGGGGUCAUGUCCAGCCCCUGGAUCCUCGUCUCCCCCGCAUCCCGCGGCAUCGGCGCCCACCUGGUCGGGCACCUCCUCCGGACGACUGCCGCGCCGGUCCUCGCGACGUGCCGCUCGCCCGACACCACGUCGGCCAAGCACCACCUCCUCGACCUCCUCGCCCUUCCCGCCGUGGAAACGGAGGACCUCGCCUCCCGCCUCAAGGUCGUGAGGCUCGACGUCACGGACGAGGCCACCGUCGCCGCCGCCGCCGCCGAGGCGCGCGUCCUGUUCCCCGACGCCACGCACCAUCUCCGGCUGGCCCUCGCGAUCCCGGGGAUCCUGCACCCGGAGAAGAGCCCGGCGCAGGUCGAGUACGACAGGGCGCUCGAGACCUUCCGCGUCAACACGCUGGGCCAGAUGAUGCUGAUGAAGCACUUCUCCCCCUUCCUCCCCCGCCGGUCCGCCGACCUCCUCGGCCCCUCGUCGUCAUCCGGUGACGCCAGGGGCCUGCCGCCGGGCCACGCCGUCUGGGCCGCCAUGUCGGCGCGCGUGGGGUCGACCUCGGAUAACCACAAGGGCGGGUGGUACUCUUACCGCGCCUCCAAGGCCGGCGUCACGUCCCUGGCCAAGUCGCUGGACCUGUGGCUCCGCGCCCGCAGCGGCGAUAAGGCCAUCUCCGUCGCGUACCACCCGGGGACCGUCAAGACGGGGCUCUCCGAGGCCUUCUGGAACACGGUGCCCAAGGAGAAGCUGUUCGAGCCCGAGUUUGCGGUGGAGAGGAUGUGCAAGGUUUUGACGGAGGAGGUCGGGGUCGAGGGACGAGGCCAGUUUUGGGACUGGCAGGGCAAGGAGAUCUUGCCAUGAGGACCCCCUCCGUUCAGUACGACGGGGAGGGACUUGUACAAAUAGGAGGCUUCAAAACGCUACCCUGAAAAAGGUGGCCAACCCCUCGUGAACACUGGCGGCGCCGGCUUAUCAGAGGCGGGUAUCAUGGAAAGUAAUGAAA